AUGGGUAGAAUUAUGAUUGUUGGAGCCAUUUCUUUAGCCAUCCUUUUUAUGGCAGCCACAGUUUGUAGCUCACGUAUCAUGACCAUCACCAUUGCUGAAGAUGCUCUUAACCCUCAAACUCAAAGCUGCCAGCAGCAAUUUCAACAGGCACAGCAGCUGCGUUCGUGCCAGCAGUUUCUAAGGCAGAGGUCCCAAUAUGAUGAGGACCAACAAAUCCCUCGUGAGGUUCAACAAUGUUGCAAUCAGCUUGAACAGAUACAAGACCCACAGUGCCGUUGCGAGGGACUAAUGAAAGUGGUUCAAAAAGAGGAACAAACAGGGCAAGUUCAAGGAAGACAAAGGCAGCAAAUGCUUCAAACUGCACAGAAUUUGCCUGGUUUAUGUAGACUUAGCCCACAACGAUGUGAGAUCCAAACUGUUCGCAGCUUCUUUUAA